CAACAAUUUGAGCGGUUCAGUUUGAACAGUUAUGAUUGUUAUUUAGAAAAUUUUGAAAGUCUGUUUUUAAAUAGUCCAAAAUGACAUCCUCCUCAACACAGACCAUGCCAGUAGCCCAGCGGGCUAUUCAUUCAAGAGUAAGACCUGGAGUAUCAAAAAAUGUCUUAUACAGUACAUACCAUCAUGUUGUUGAGUUGUAUGGGUCUCAAAUGCCUGUUUUAGUUGCAGAAUCAUUAAAUUAUACACCUGGUGCCAAAGAUAAUGCUUCAGUCAAUUUAAAUCCAGAUAUUGCUUGGGCAUGGUAUGUUUUUGGACGAAGAUUGCUGGUUUGGCAUAUCCCCUCAUUUACUGAUACAACUUUGCCGGUCAUGGCCAGGGAUAUGCUGUUACCGUCUAGUGACUUAGCCCAUAAUGCAAAUCUUGUAUAUAUUUUCUCAGGACCCAAUCAAAAAUCUCCCUCUUGCAUAGCAGUUUCUCCAGAAGGAAUCGUGAGAUAUUGGGUAGUUCUUGGACACCAUACAACAUGGAUUGAUGUAGAUGCUCAUUUAGGAGGAGAGGAGGUUUGUGCUGUUCAUUACGUUCCUCCUCUUGGUUGCUUAGCAGUAACAACGUCAGGCUCCAUGAUUCUAAUAACUCCUAAAUUUGGUAAUGAUUCACCAUCAGUUGAAGUUAAACGAAUUACUCCAGCUUAUGGAUGGCUUAAUUCAAUUGGUAAGACUGUCAGCUCUUUGCUUUUUGGCUCACAACCUCAGAGAUUGGAGACGCAAAGUGUAAAAGUUCUGACAUGCCAAAAGGUUGAGACUUAUUGGCACAUUUUCCUUUUGGCUGGUUUUACAUUGCAGUCAUGGACAGUAGAAAUAAUAAACUUAGUCUCAGCUUUGAUAUAUGAAACUAAUAUCGAACAUAUGAUCCGUCAAGUAUUCCCCUACCAGAUACGAGAUAAUCCUGAGAAUGAAAUACAAAUUACUGAUAUAAGACCUUCUGAAGCUGAUUGUAUCAUUUGUUUAGCAGCAUCUGAUGAUCCUAGAUAUUAUGUUAUUGUUGAACUGGAUGGUAAUGAUAUCAAUCCUCCUACCUCUGCUCUAAGGCUAUGUGUCAUUGCCAAAAAUAAUAUCAAUUUUCUUGAAAAUAUAUCUGGUGAUCUUUCUUCUCUACGUUUUGUUCUUCUGCCAACAACUGCCCUUGUUUUCAGCAAACAUAUAAUCUAUGCAGUACCAUUAUCAGGAGGAGAAGAAAUGGAAGGUGAACCGCUGGAUUUACCAGGUGGCAUUGUACUUGGAGGUAUAAUGCAUAAGCGGACUCCUAUAUUUUUCUCUGCCACAUUUGGAUUUGUUUCUAUCACACCAGUAAAUACUUCAAGCAUUGAUGUUUUAAAUACGUCUGUUGUUGAAACUUCUGCUAUACCACCAACAGUCUCAGAUAGAGAACCUGUAACAUCAACUACAAUGAAUGACAUCAAUUUUCUGAAAAUAGCAUUCGUUUAUUAUGUGCGAAAGAAUUAUAAACAAUGCCUGAAUGUUAUAAAUGAAGAAUUUCUCUCUUCCAAAAAUACUCAUAUUGACUCAGUACUGUCUACAACACUUGUCAAAGUCAGUCUUGAUAUAAUUAAUGAUUUGUCUCCCAAAGAUAAUCGUUGGGAAAAUAUAGCUAAAGACCCAAUUGGAGGUAUAUCAUCAUUACAUUUGGAUACACAGCUUGCUGAAAAAUUGAAGGCACAUGAUUUAUUCCUAAAAUUUGCUAGAAGACUUGCAGUUGUUAUCAAUCUUGGAAAAGUCACGAAAUUGAACGACACAGUCAAGACUAUUCAUGUAUUGUACGAACAUAAUGAAAAGAUUGCUACUGCAUUCAUGUUGCGUAAACUUCAAAAAAAGUUUGGAAAAACUGUUCAAGAUGCAGUGGCAGAUGUUGCCCGGGAUCUGAAUUUUGAAUAUACUCGGGAAAUAGGCUUAUUGGAUCAUUUUUAUCGUUAUGCUAGUGUAUCGGAUGAAGCAUUGAGGCGCCUGAUAAAUAUAUGUUUAGAAAAUGUUGGUGAUUAUACUACAACUUUUGGUUACCUAAGGUUACUAAAGGAGACGAAUGCUGUCAUAAAUUCUAUUUUAGGUUCCAUCAUAAGAAGAAAGUGUAAAAAAGGUUACUAUAUUGACACUACUUAUCUACCUUGGUUAUCUGCUUCUCCAGGAUUAUUUAGUGACAUUAUUGCAUUAGCAAAUUUAAAUAUAAAUGUUAUUAAGUCAUGGGGUGCUCAAGCAUUGAAAUUAAGAAGUAUUCUUAGACAAUUUUUCAAACUUUGUAAUAAUUUACUUUUUCUACGAAUGCCAUAUAUCACCAAAGUGGAAUUUGAUAAGUUGUCUUCUAGUUUUAUACAAUUUUUCAUGGAUAAGAAUAUGCUCUUUGAAGCUUUAAGGCUAGCCUACAAGUAUAAAAAUUUUGAUUAUUUAGCACCAUUAAUAUAUCAUCUACAUCUAGAAGCUGAUAUUGCUGAUUAUAUUAAAGAAUUUGGUAGGGAAGGAUUCUGUGAUUGCCUAUUUGAGUACCUGUAUAGUGCCGGCAAAUAUAAGCAUUUACUGAACUUGUCAUUACCUGAAGUGUAUGAAUUGCAGUUAAAAGAAUACAUUUCUGACAAACCUGUUCUUAAAUGGGUUUAUUGUUUAAAACAAAAUGAUCUAGUUACUGCUAAUGAAACAUUACUUAAUUUAGUAAGUAAUGAAGAAAUCCGAAAUCAUGAUCAAGAGAUUAUUUGUAUAUUUUCAAUUUUAUUAAGCCGAGCUGGAUGGUCAGAUGAAAACCCCUUUGUAACAGCUUUGUUGAAAAGAAUUAAUCUUCAGCAUUUAAUACCUGAUAAAAUAUUUCUACAGCAAGGUUAUGAUCCUGAACUUAUCCAAGCUUUGAGCUAUGAAGAAAUACUUGAGGUUUAUGUGGCAGGAAAUUCAGAGAAUGAGAAUAAAGAGUUAUUUUUUAUGAGAGCUUUAAAAGCUAUUGAUUCAAUAGAGGAUCCUGAUUCUAAAGAGCUUAUAAGAAUGAAAAUUUGGGCAAAUGCUGUAGGACUUGAUUCAUGGGAAGGAUAUGAUUCAGAAUACCCAGUAGAAAUGACUGAUGCAUUUCUCACCUUCAGACUUAUGAAAUUAUUAAGGAGUUCUGAAGAUGAUGUGCAGACCUUCAAAGUUCCUACAAUUGAUGACUUACUCCUUUGUGAAGAACUGAAAGAGGACAAAAGGGUUAAGGUAUUUAGAGACAAUCCUCAAUGCAAAUAUAUUUACCAAUAUUGGUAUGAACGGAUCAUUGAUGAUGAAAAUCUAUUGGUGCCUAUCAAAAAAGUGACUGAUCCUGAACAUUUUAACGUAGAAUAUGAAUCAGAUAAUGAAAAUAGUGAUGAAAGUUAACCUAUACAUGAAUAUUUAUUUAUUUUUCAUAAAACUUUUGUUAUGUCUCUUUUUAAAUAAAUGAAGAAUAAAUUUGGUUGUAAAUAUUUUAGUGGCAUUUUCUACAUUGUAAAUUAAAUUUACUCUCUAAGCUGCCUUUUUUUUUUAUUGUGAAUAUUAACCUGUUAAAUAGCACUAAAACGAAAACAUAAAAUAUCUAUGUACCUCAAUAUAAUUUAUAUGAUUUGCAUUUCUACCUUCCUUCAAUAUUUCCUCAUAUGCAAACUUUAAAUUUAUAACCUUUACCGAAGCCUUUAUGAAUCUAAGGUGUAAUAUUACUUUUUUUUCUGUAUGUCUGUAAGAUUAUAUUUUUUCAAUUUGUUCAUGAAUAGCUUAAUUAAUAAACUAAUUUAUAACUAAAUUUAUGUUAAGGCAGAACUAUAAAUAUUGAUUUCUGAUUAUCUGAAUUUACUAUAACUCUUAAGUAGGUUAUUACAUCAUUAUGAUUUAAAAUAAAGUAAUACACUACUAAGAAUGGCCUCACCAUAAUAGUUCCUAUGCAUUCACCAUAGCAAUUCCUUGCUUUGGAGCUCAUUGUUAUUAUAUGUUUACUAUCAUUUGUGAACUUACUCAUUAAACCAUG